UUGCACCCUCAUCACAAGAUUUUUACUCCUCCUCCCCCCUAUAAACCAUACUUUGCUCACCAUUUCUCACUCAUCCUCUCUCUCUACAAUCUCCUCUCUCUCUCUUCUAUCAUCUUCCCACCUUAAAAAACCAUAAUUUUCUUUCUCAUCUUAUUCCAUCAAUGGGUGAUGAAAACAACCUUCCCCCUGGCUUCAGGUUCAACCCCACAGAUGAAGAACUAGUCCUACACUACCUCAUCCCCAAGGCCAGGCAUUCAACCAACACCUCAAAUAUCAUUACUGAGAUUGAUAUUUACAAGUUCGAUCCAUGGCAGCUUCCAUCUGAAGCCAUGGUUGGGGAGCAACACUGGUAUUUCUUUUGUCCUAGAAAGAGAAGGCAAGUGAAGGGAUCGAGGUCGAACCGACCGGCCAUAUCAGGAUACUGGAUGGCCACCGGCACCGAUACACCGGUGUUAAGUGGGAGCAAGAGGGUCGGUUUAAGGAAAGAUUGGGAAUUCUACUCAGGGAAGGCGCCGAGAGGGUCGAUCACCUACUGGACCAUGCAUGAGUAUCUCAUUAUCGACGCCGACGAUUGCACCAAUAGUGAGGACUGGGUUUUAUGUCAUGUUUACGACAAGAGCUGUUGUUCAAGUUCAGGUGAUGAAGGAAGAGAACUGUCAUGUAUGGAUGAAAUUUAUGCAUCUCUUGAUGAUUUCGACGACAUCACUUACCCUCUGCAGGGUCCAUGAAAUGUGAAAAAGCCAACAUGAAACAAUGAUCAUCCACCCUCAAAACAUAUGAAAAAAAACUGAUUAAGCACCUAGAGAGAGAGAGAGAAUUAGAGAUAGAUAGAGGGAGAGUUAGAGAGAGAGAGAGGUGCCAAAUGUGAUACAUAGAUCAUCCAGCCUGCUCACAUUUGAAUAACUGAUUAGACACCUAGAGAGAGCGAGAUAGAAGAAAAGAGAGUUAGAGAGAGAUAGAGGAAGAAAGAGAGAGAGAAGGUCGAGCACGUAAACUCUUAGACAGCAUUCUUAUCCCAAAGAAUAACAUUCUUAUCCAAAUAGGUUAGAGAUUAGGUUUGAGAGGGAAGAGAAGGAUGAUUACACGUUGUUCUCAUGGCUCACAUCUUUUCAUUGGCCUGUGUUCGAGUUCUCAUAGUGGGAGAAUCUCUUUAACUACUUGUAACUUUUAAUUAGUGCAAUGGAAGUGAAAGGGGGUGGAGCCCAAUUCCCACUUUGAGCUUUUGGAAUUUUC